AUACACCAGUAGUGAGACAGCGUUGACGUGUAUUUUGUUGGCAGUCUGAAAACUUCCUACAUCGCAUCAUCCACUUGUCAAAGCAUCAUUUGGUCGCAACUUGAGCAAUUUUACCGACAUUUUGUGAAAUUCAAGCGGUGGGUGACUUCGCAACAGUGUGAGACGAUGACGGGAGAGAUUUCAAUGAUUGGUUCGGUGAUCCUGGCCCUGUUCCUGGCUGGUUACCUGGGCCAACAGUACUUACCGCCCCCCAAACCCAAAGUGAUAGGCCUGGACCUGGGCACCACGUUCUGCUCUGUCGGCGUCUUCCUCCCUGGGAGCGGAGAAGUGGAGGUGAUAGCGGAUAAAGAGGGGAGGAAGAGCAUCCCCAGCGCCGUCUCGUUCACCACCGCCGCGGUGCUGUCCGGACACGAAGCCGUGGACCUGGCGGACAGCAACCCCCAGAACACCAUCUACGAUGCCAAGAGGUUCAUCGGGAAGAUCUUCGAGCCGGAGGUGCUGGAGCAGGAGAGUGCUCGGUACCCGUUCAAGGUGAUAAACAAUAAUGGCAGUGCAGAGUUUGUGGUCUCCACCAACCGCACCUUCACCGUCAGCCCAGAGUUCAUCGGCUCCAGGCUGCUGCUGAAGAUGAAGAAGAUGGCUGAGCAGCAUCUGGGUGUGCCCAUCCAGAGAGCUGUCAUCUCGGUGCCGGCAGAGUUUGACGACAGGCAGAGGAACUACACGGUCAGGGCCGCCAACCUCGCCGGCCUGGAGAUCCUGCGAGUGAUCAAUGAGCCCACGGCUGCAGCCAUGGCCUACGGCCUGCACAAGGUGGAUGUGUUCAACGUGCUGGUGGUCGACCUCGGGGGUGGAACCCUGGAUGUUUCUCUGCUCAACAAACAGGGGGGCAUGUUCCUCACCAGAGCCAUGGCAGGGAACAACAAGCUGGGAGGUCAAGACUUCAGCCAGAGGUUGCUCCAGUACACCACAGAGCGAGUCCGACAGGAGUUUGGCGUCCCACCCACUCUCAAAGAGGACAUCCACCAUCUCCGACAGGCUGUGGAAGCCGCCAAGCUCAACCUCACCCUCCAGCCAAGCGUCACUGUCAGGGUGCCCCUGCGCCUUCACACCCACGACAGCUCCAAGUCACCCAAAGGCUCCGACCCUGCUAAGGUUCUUUUCCAGGCUGUGAUCACACGCGAGCUGUUUGAGGAGCUCAACGAGGACCUUUUCCAGAAGAUCCUGGCUCCGGUGGAGACCGUGUUAGCGGAGGGCCACCUGGAGAAACAUGAAGUUGAUGAGAUCGUUCUGGUCGGAGGCUCCACCAGGAUACCGCGCAUCAGGAGGCUGAUCAGCGAGUACUUCGGGAAGGAGCCCAACACAUCGGUGGACCCUGAUCUGGCUGUGGUCACAGGUGUGGCCAUUCAGGCUGGCAUCAUGGGCGGCUCCUGGCCUUUACAAGUGAGCGCUAUAGAAAUCCCCAACAGACACCUGCGCAAGACGAACUUCAGCUAAUCUUCAUCCAGGUUAUUUAUUAACAUCAAUGUGAUGCCCCAGAGACUUGUCACUGCUUCCCAACUGUUUCAUGCUGCUCUUAUGUGCAUAAUUUCAAAUCUGCUGAAGCAACAAAAGGCAGCGCCACCCAAGUGAAGACAUGCAGGAUACUCAGGUUGCUUACAGCUCUGGGAAACGCGGCCGUAGCAUUAAAUAUGUGACGAUUAUGUAUUGAAACCAACAUUCCUCUUUUAGGCACAGUAGCCUGAUCAUAUGCGCAGAAGUGAACCGUCCUGUUCAUGAUUUUGAAGGGGCAGCUGCUUUUAUUGCACACGAUGCUUUGGCAGAAAUAACAGCGGUGAAUGGGAAGCCUUUCUAGAAGUGACAUCUCGUGUAUCUACUGAUCCAUUCAGCUUCAUUGAUGAUGCUUAUUCCUGGUAGAUACUUACAUGGUGUUCAGUGCAGGGGACAGCCUCUCCUUUAAUGGAGUGAAAGACUGACCAGUGCAUCUUCAGCUAUUUAUUUAUUUAUUCCCAUUAACUGUGUGGCUGGCUGUGUGUGUGUGUGUGUGUGUGUGUGUGUGUGUGUGUGUGUGUGUGUGUGUGUGUGUGUGUGUGUGUGUGUGUGUGUGUGUGUGUGUGUGUGUGUGUGUGUGUGUGUCCACGGGUGUUUAGCGGGCCUUUAAUGCAUUUUUUCACAUUUCCAACAGAGGAGAAGUGUGUCUGUGCAGGCAGCUGCUGUAUAGUUAAAGUUGGUGUGUAAAGGUGGACCGCUGCACUCUGGUGGUUUCCUGUUAGACUUUGCACGGUCAUGUGGACAGAGGAAGUGCUAAGAUGUAGUUAAGCACAACCAAACAAAUUCACCGGCUAAAAGCCUGAUAAAUAAUAAGGUUACCCGUGAGGUGCAGCCUCAUAGAAGAAGGUGCAUGUUGGAGAAAGCCUUAAUGUUCUCACAGUACUGUAUAUCUUAAAUCCUGAGCAUCACCCCUCCCUUUGAAGAAAUGCAGUUAGUUUCACAGGAGUCAUGUUCAGUGCUGCACUUUGAGGACUUCCACCUGUUGGCCAACUUCACUUUUUCUGUGCAAUAGUGCAUGCUUCAUUUAAAAGGCAAUGGCACACGUUGCACGCAUCCCAUAUUCACGUGUCGGAGUGAAGUACAGCCCGCUGUCGCUGCUGUAAGGUCGAGUCUGAGUCCCACAGGAGGACCAAAGCAUUGCUUUCUGGUGCCUUGAUAUUGCAUUUGUGGUGCCUAAAAUGUGAAAGAUGAGAUUUAUUCAGUAAUUUUAUUGUUAAAAAAUUGUAUUUGACCUUCUUACUCUGGUGGGCAGCUGGCUGGUUACUGUGCAUCCAGUAUGAGAGCGGAUUUCUGUUGCUGUUGUAAGAUUCUGUCAAAAAAAUAAAAACCCAGAGCUCUGUGUCUCUGAAGUACAGACGGUCCAAUAUCAUUUUAAACCAAGAACUAAAAGUACCAACAUUCCUUCAGAAGCUGUCACAAUUUAUUUUGCCAAAUGUCUUUUAUGAGUUGGUGUUUGACUUUAUCUCAUUUUCUUUGUCAAAUGUAUUUCUAAUGUUGGAACUAAGAGCUUGAUGUAACACAGUUAUUAGGAAAGAUGAAGCUAAUCUGAGGCUAUGCUAUUUGCCUUUGAUACUGUAAAGAAACAUCAGUCCCUGUUUAAAUAAGGAAAAACAAACCAUGAGUCUAAAGUCUAUUUUUAUAUCAUGUUCUACUCACUGUCAGUGUCUAGCCAACUAAAAAAUGACAAAGUUAAACUGUUACAACCAACUUUUCAGCCAAUUAAACUCAAUUCUGCAACUUC